GACUGUGCGCUUGCCUUGCGCUUGCAUUGCGGAGUGGUAGCUUUCCUUCGAUGUUUCCGUUUAUUUUUGUCACGAAUGACUUACGCUCGUAAAUAAUGGCAUAUACUCAUGAAAAGUCUACAGGCCAGCACUGUGCAGUUUAUGGGUGCACAAACAACCAGCGGAAAAGAACGAUUUUGGGGACUAUAGUGUGUCCACAACACAGCACUCCGCGAGAGCAUUGCCGAUGUGGUAUGUUCACGCUGCACCGGUUUCCUGCAUCACCUGAUUUGCGGCGUCAAUGGAUAGCUGCUGUGAACCGGAAAAAUUUUACAGUGUCCUCGUGGUCGCGAGUUUGCUCACGACAUUUUGUUGGCGGAAGAAAGACUGACGAGAACGCUGUGCCCGCGCUGCAUUUGGGCUACGACAGAAAAGUUGUUUUGGGACGGCGUCGUCUGGUGAGGCACGAAUACAUCCCGCCAGCUAAGAAGGCGAAGUGCAUGCCCAGCGACGAGAGCACAGGAACUUCUCACGAUCGGCCCUUAGAUUCUGGCUUCGAAGCCUGCGCACAUAAGGAGCCAUCUGAGGGAGCACAGGCAGACAGCAAAUGCUUUGAGGACACAGACGCUUCCACUGAGCCAUCUGAGGGAGCACAAGCAGACAGUGAAUGCUUUGAGGACACAGACGCUUCUACUGAGCCAUCUGAGGGAGCACCAGCAGACAGUGAACGCUUUGAGGACGCAGACACUUCCACUAAGCCAUCUGAGAGAGCACCAGCAGACAGCGAAUGCUUUGAGGACACAGACGCUUCUACUGAGCCAUCUGAGGGAGCACCAGCAGACAGUGAACGCUUUGAGGACGCAGACACUUCCACUGUGCUACCCAAGGGAGCACAAGAAGACUGUCAGCAGUUUCAAGAUGCACACUUUUCCACAGUCUCGACAAAAGACAAGUCAACACAGUGGGAGGAAAUUGGCCACAAUGACCACACCUAUUCCCAAUCUGGGCUGCAAUACAGUUUCGGAAAGCAGCAAGGCUUGUCAUCAAGCUUGACAAAAGAAGACUGUGAAUUCUUUACAGGAAUCUCAAAACCCGUCUUUGACAGCUUAGUCAAAGCUGUAAAAAUUGAAAGCAGCAAGAACUUCCUAAGACUCUCAGUCGACGACCAACUGCUACUGACCUUAAUGAGAAUGCGUCUUGGCCUGCUUUACGGACACUUGUCAAGAAUAUUUGGAAUUUCCGUUUCAUACGUGCACAAGCUGUUCAUGCACACCCUGUCUGUGUUGCAGAAGGUUAUGAAGACAGUUGUGGUGUGGCUGCCACGAUCACUAAUCAGAAAUAGCAUGCCAGAAUCUUUUGCUGAGAAUGGUUAUGAGAAAACAACCUGCAUCAUAGACUGCUCCGAGGUCUUCCUUCAGCGGCCUAAGAAGCUGCUUGCUAGAGCUCAAACCUACAGCAGCUAUAAAGCGCACAAUACAGUGGUGAAGUUCCUUACUGCCAUUGCACCGAAUGGCUAUGUGAUGUUUGUGUCUCGUGCAUAUGGUGGAAGAGCUUCGGACAAAUAUAUAAUGGGUCACUGUGGCGUGGAAGACUUCCUAGGCUCAGGUGAUGAAGUGAUGGCCGACCGAGGUUUUGUGCUGAGCCAAUAUCUUGACGUUCAAGGCGUCAAACUCAAUGUGCCUUCUUUCGCAAGAGGUAAAUCCCAGCUCAGUGAAAGUGAAGUAACUCAAACAAGGAGAAUUGCGUCUGUGCGCAUACACGUUGAAAGGGCCAUAAACAGAAUGAAGACAUUUAGAAUAUUCAAGCAAGCCCUGCCAAUACGAUCAAAGAAAAUCAUAAGUGACAUGAUAUUUGUCUGUGCUGGCCUCUGCAAUUUAAAAGGCCCUUUAAUUGCCAGAUGUGUCGAAGGAAGGGAUGAGUAGGCACUCAACCAUGCAGUUCAUCACAGUAUCAUUCUGGAAAUAAAUUUUAUUGCACUGUGUGUUA